GAGCCUGCUCUUCCGGGCGACUUUGGGCCAGCCUCCCCCCUCUCUGGGCGUCAGUUUCCCCAUCUAUAAAAUGAGGGUUUGAAAUGAAGUUUCCAGAUUUGGCUGUGGCAUACGAAUUCUCAGAGAUUUCUCUUAGAAAUUCAGGUGCUUGGGCGAGCAGGUCAAGAAUCUGGAUUUUUGCAGGCUAACUGCAGAUUCUGAUGCAAAGCCAGAUACGGGAGACCCUGGACCAGAUCGCCCGUAAGGGCUCUUCCAGCCUUCACGUCCUCUACUUCCUUUCUAGGACAUGGUUUUUUUAACUUGAAAAUAGAAACUUUAGGGAUGUUGCUGUGGGACUCCUCAGAGGAACAGGAUUUUGCGUCAGGAACAGCGCCUGGACAGUCUCUCCCUUUCUAUUUGCCUUGCCAUCGACAUCCACAUUUAUCCUGUGGGAAGAUAGGAUGGACAGAUUCGUGGUUAAGCGGGCUCCAGGGGGUCACUUGCGAAAAGGGGAGGAGCCAGAACAGAAGGGAGAAGAGCUGGCUCCUUUGGGAGGAGAGGACAGGAUGGCAAGGAAGAGGCCCAGGAAAGAGGGAUCGGGGGAUGGAGACCACCUGGCUGGCCCCAGCUGGAGGCACAUUCAGGCCGACGGCCUGAACUGCGAUUACACAGUACUUUUUGGCAAAGCGGAAGCAGAUGAGAUUUUCCAAGAGUUGGAGAAAGAAGUGGAAUAUUUUACAGGUGCGCUGGCCAGGGUUCAGGUGUUCGGGAAGUGGCACAGUGUGCCAAGGAAGCAGGCGACCUAUGGCGAUGCUGGGCUGACCUACACGUUUUCGGGCCUUACGCUGUCCCCGAAGCCCUGGAUCCCAGUUCUAGAGCGUGUCCGGGAUCGAGUCUCUCGGGUGACUGGACAGACCUUCAACUUCGUGCUUGUCAACAGAUAUAAAGAUGGUUGUGACCAUAUUGGGGAGCACCGAGAUGAUGAAAGAGAACUGGCCCCGGGGAGCCCCAUCGCCUCUGUCUCCUUCGGUGCCUGCAGAGACUUCUUUUUCCGGCAUAAGGACUCUCGGGGGAAGAGCCCCUCCCGGAGGGUGGAGGUAGUCAGGCUCCAGCUGGCCCACGGAAGUUUACUCAUGAUGAACCACCCAACCAACACUCACUGGUACCACAGUCUUCCCAUCCGGAAGAAGGUUCUGGCUCCACGAGUUAAUUUGACAUUUCGUACAGUUUUGCCUACUAAAAAAUAAAAACAUUAGGGAACCAGCAGUUAGCGUAAUGGCUAUGUCGCUGGACUCCCACGUAGU